AUGUUGGCAACUCGAGUACGACAGCCUGCGGCACACUUUACCCGCCACCUCCGCCCGACCCUCGUGACAGGCCGAUCUUUGAAUGCGCCAUGGCGACGAUUGGCAAGUGGUAAAGCAAAGCAAUCACCCUCCAACUGGCUUACCACUUCCCUCGGCGUUGCAGUCGCCGGUACGGCUGGCUUCCUUGGCUAUUCAUACUUGACCGGCAACUUCAAAGACACAUGGAUCAACAGCCAGAUACCAAAGAAUGAAGUCAUUGAUAUAAACGAGCUUCGUGCGGAUUUUAUUCAAGAGAAGAGAAGUUUAAAGAGCCCUGGUGUCUACACUUGGGGAUCGAAUGAGUAUAAAGUGGUGGACCCAGGAUCGAAAGACGCCGAUGUCAAAACUCCCCGACGAUUCAAGUAUUUCAACGGCCAGUUACUUCGGGAUUUCAAAGUUGAUGAGAAGUCUGGCGCCGCAAUUACGGAGAACGGCGAUCUUGUUCAAUGGGGCAAGGGCUUUUCCGAGACAGAGUUCAAACCCAGCAAGACUCUGACAGGCAAGAACUUGACUUCACUUGCACUAUCAGAGAACCGACUUAUCGCUCUAUCUUCCGAUGGAACCAUUUAUUCUAUUCCCAUCUCCAAGUCGGAACAAAUUACUGGUCCGAAACAUCGAGAGAGCUCCUGGGUGCCGCUCUGGGGAGGACGCUCUGCUUUGAGCUAUCGUAUUCUGAAGCCAGCCUUGAAGCUUGGUGAAAAGGUCACCUCAAUCCGUGGCGGUCAAGAGCAUGUUGUCAUGCUUACAAGCUCUGGCCGUGUUUUCACAGCAGCAUCAUCAACUGAGAGCUACCCAACCCUCGGUCAACUUGGUGUGCCUGGCCUGACCUGGUCUACUAGACCUAGCGGGCCGGCGGAUGCUUGCCAUGAAGUGGAAACCCUUAAGGGUUUAAAGGUCACUCAAAUUGCCUCUGGCGACUAUCAUGCUCUGGCGCUAACGAGUGAUGGCCGCCUCUUUGCCUGGGGAGAUAACUCGUUUGGGCAAUUGGGGGUUCAAUUCGAGCCUUCGGCGCCUUUCAAAGAUACACCUUUUGUCCUUCCAGUCGAAAAAUAUUACCGAAAGGCAUUUUACUGCCCGACAGUCACUAGCGUUGCAGCCGGUGGAGCCACGACUUUUUUCACUGUUGAUUCUGAGCGGAUUCUGGGCCGCGAAGAAGACGCGGCCAAGGUCCGUGACCUAGGCAACGUGACUGCUGACACCUGGUCCUGCGGUAGAGGUAUCUGGGGUACAUUGGGAUCCGGGAAAUGGAUCCACAUCCAGGACUCACCCAACAAGGUGAAGGAUUUGAGCGGCUUGGGUGAAUACAACGAAAAAUUGAAGCAGAUAACUCCUAUUCGUCUGCGCCAUAUGUCUGUCGGCACAAACCAUGUUGCUGCAGUUUUGGACAACGAAGCAGCCCUCAACACCAAGAACGCGGAAUCCCUAGACAAGUCAAAGGAUUUCGGCUAUGAAGUUUUCUGGUGGGGAGGUAACGAGCAUUUCCAACUUGGAACUGGAAAACGAAGCAAUCAAUCUCGGCCAACCUAUAUCAAGGCACCUUCGGAGUCUGCAAAGAAGCCCGAGCCCGAAGCACGAUUGCAGAUUAUGCCCAGACACAAAGGCCCCGUUGGCAAGACCACCAAGAGUAUGGAGCAGCGGGUUGAGUGUGGCCGACAUGUUUCUGCCAUUUAUUCAGCGCUUUAA